AUUAUACGAGAAGGCGACCCAGUCCCGCGUAUUGUGUUCAUGGUGCGAGGCCAAGUGAAAAGUAGCCAGAGGCUAAGCCGUGGAAUGGUGGCCACGAGCCUCCUCGAGCCAGGCGGGUUUUUCGGAGACGAGCUCUUCUCAUGGUGCCUGCGAAGGCCGUUCAUCGAGCGGCUCCCAGCAUCUUCUGCCACGUUCACGUGCUUCGAGUCCACUGAGGCCUUUGCUCUCGAGGCCAAUGACCUCAAGUACAUAACGGACCACUUCAGGUACAAGUUUGCUAAUGAAAAGCUGAUGCGGACAGCAAGGUAUUAUUCGUCUAACUGGAGGACGUGGGCUGCCGUCAACAUCCAGCUUGCGUGGAGGCGUUAUAAUAUACGAACGAGAAGUGUGGUCGGCCGCCGUUCGCUGAAUGGUGAUAGUGAUCGGCUGCUUAGGCAGUAUGCGGCCUUCUUUAUGUCGGUCAGGCCGCAUGACCAUCUUGAGUGA